AUGGUCAGUGGCAACACCACAGUGAUCUCCGAGGUGAAAAUGGCAGUUCAAGAGAACACUAAACAAAUCACAGCCGUGAAAGAGUCAUUUGAUGCUGUAUGUGCUGAGAUAAAUGAUAUGAAGGACAGAGUUGUCAACGUUGAAUCACAGCUUGAAAAAUACAAGGCAUACGCUGAAACACAGGAGAAGCGGAUCUCUCACCUGGAGAGCUAUUCACGCCGUUGGAAUUUAAAACUAUACGGCUUGGCCGAGAAGGCGAAGCAAGACUUGCGGCAAGAGGUUAUCCAGGUGUGCCAGUCUGUUUUACCGGACGCGAAGGAUAAACUACCAGACGUGGUGGAUACGGUGCACCGCCUCGGUCCUAAGAAACCCAGCAACAACCAUCCCAGAGGCGUCAUCAUGCAGUUCACAUCCAGGGUCCACCGUGAUGCUGUCUGGCGGGCCGCAAAGAAGUCAGCCUUUCUGAAGGACAACAACUUAAAGCUGGCAGAGGAUCUGUCAGCUGAUGACCGCGACCGGAGAAACCGACUGUGGCCCGCCGUGGAUAAAGCACGCAAGGACAAUAAGAAUCUCAAUGAUGGAAUGGCGUGUGAGGUGGAGACUGAUUUAUGUGGUCUGGUGUCAAAUAUUUUGGAUGAUGCAGAUCCUCUGGACAGCUACCAUGCCGAGCAGAACUUAUCUAAACUCGAGACAAUCUGGUCUCCGAAGACAACAAGAGAAGAUGAUCUGCACUACAUUCAGUCAGAGUCAAACACAAAACCAAAUCCUGUCUUUCUACUCAACCACACAUACCCCAGAUCACUCGGUAAAGCACCAGGCCAGAACACAGCUGUCAAUCGUAAAAAUGUUCGUCAGCAAUUCAUUGGCUUUGAUACCAAUGAGAGUUUUACUCCCUGCAGUGGAGACAUGGACACCUACUCCCACUUUGUACAACCGCCCUUGCCACCAGGUCUACCAGUUCCCACUGUUGAAAACUUCCAGCUGUCAAAGAUGAGACAAUCUGAAGACGUUAGUCCCACUAAUAAAGACAGAGGGAAGUAUGAGUUCUCCGAUUUGUCUGACUUGAAUGGUGCCUCAGCACCUCAGAGCAAGAUGAGCAGCCUAUUGUUCGAUCCAUAUUAUCAAGACAACUCCUGCCAAAGCAGUGUGAGCCCCAUUAGAAACAGGCGGCAUUUACCUGAAGAAGACAACAAACUAGUAAGCAAUGUUCAAGCUUUCAUAACUGGUGAGCAGGAUCACUUACAUGGCAGAGAGUACCACAACACGAACAGGCGGUACUAUGAAGACAACAUAGUUGAACAAGAGAAAUUUACCCGUCCUGCUAUGUCAACACACACUACUCCUACAGUACAGAUACAAAAUGAGCUGGUAGGACAGUUUGGAGCCAUGAAGAUGGAUCAAGAUGAAGGGGUUAGAAAACAUACUUUUCAGGUAGAUUUUGAUUCUCAAGCUCAAUCACGCUUCAUCCCUCAAAACACAGAAUAUUUCCACCAGCCGCAACCCCUGUCUGCAUCUUUUAAUUACCUAAAACCAUACCAGAAUAAUGAGUUAACAAAUAGAGAGGACACCUGUCUCCCCAUGAGCAUCACCACCAGUCAGUCUUCUCAGUAUCAUAGCCUGCCAAGCCAGCUGCAUAACCAGCUCAGGUUACCCAGGGACCCCUGGGUGCCCUCUAACCCAACCAAAAUGAUGUUUCAAUCUGCGUCGGAGUUACCACCUCAGUAUCCUCAUGCCAUGCAAAGAGCCCCAAUGUGCCCUCAAGACUACAGUCUUUUGGAUGGGACACAUAUCAACUGUUGGCCAGGACAGGCCCAGGUGAGAACCGAUGUAAACAGUAUUAGGAAGGGCCGUGGUGACUCAAUGCAGCUGGAAAGGAGCAGCGCCUAUAUGGGAGACUUUUUGGAGGAAAGGUCCAUACGGCACUUGGAUUGCAACACGACACCCCAGAAGAGAACUGUCAUUAGCAAUGUAGCCAAGAAUGAGGAUCCCCCACAAAGCCCCCUAUGUGAUUUCAUGGGGAGCAUGUACAACUCUGAGAGAUUUGAGGGACAAAAUGCAGCAGUCAAUGUAGGGAAGACCCCACAGUUCCUACCUUACAUGUGUCCUCCACGUGAACCCAGGCAAAAUUCUUGGCAGGUCUCUUGUAACUCCGCUAUCUCCAGAUCCUCUCUGGCUAGUGGAAACAGUACUCCUCCUAUGGACUGUGGUGACAUGUUGCCAGCUAAUUUGACAACUUCAAGUCCCUACUUUAGUGAUCUGAGUGGGUGCAGCAGAAAGAACAUUGAUCCGGGCAUGGGUUCUGUCUUGAAAACGAAGAUUGAGGAAGAAUCCAAGAACCAGCUUCACUUUUACCUGGAGAAGUGCUAUGAGCAGUUGAGAUGCUUGAAGAAAGAGAGAAAAAAGAUGGAAGUCACUGUCUCCAUGUUAUUUCCUGGGACAUUGCUUCGAUUAGUAAACAAUAGUGCCCUGCCCAAAAUGCCACCAAACCCAACGACGGUCGACUGUCUCGUUGUUGACCAGAUAUGUGAGCAAGCAAAGGUGGUGAGCCUUCUGGUUAGAAUGGAGACUCUGUUCAGCUUUACUCUCCAUGCCAAUAUCAAGUCAGCUCUUGACAGGCAUAAUGAGGCUAUCCGUGUUGCCCAGGCCAGGUGUGAGAGGGAGUUUGUCACUAUGUCUAACCGCCAGAGGCAAGGAGCGGCUCAUUUCAAGAAGAACAAAGACAUCCUUCUGCUGGCCACUGCGUUGAAGGACUUAUGUGUGACCACAAGGGAGACCCGUACAGUCCUGUGGUGUGCCCUCCAGAUGGCCACACCCAUAACUGAGGAGGAGGCCAGAAGACCACGUUGA